AUGGCGAAUCAAACGUACAUUCCAGCCCAGAUUGGGUGGCUCUACGACCUAGUUCUCUGGACCUUUUCUGUUCUUAUCGACCUCUUCUUUAGGGAAGUUCACCCGCGAGGUUCCUGGAAGGUACCUAGAAGGGGACCUUUGAUUAUCGUCGCCGCACCACAUGCCAAUCAGUUUGUCGAUUCAUUAAUUCUUAUGCGCGUGAUCCGCACAGAAGUUCGUCGCCGCAUUUCUUGGCUUAUUGCGGAGAAAUCCUUUAAACGGAAGUUCAUUGGCCUUCUUGCAAGGGGAAUAGGAGCAGUACCCGUGGCGCGAGCAAUGGAUAGUAUGAAACCUGGAGUAGGGACAAUCUAUCUUCCAGAUCCUGUUAAUAACCCAACUUUUUUGCGUGGAAAUGGUACCCAGUUUGACGGGCCCGGAUUCGAGCCUGAAGGCACUAUUCAUCUUCCAACAAUCAAUGGUAACUCCUACAGUGCAACAAUCGCAGAGAUUCGUGGGUCUGAAGAGAUUGUGUUAAAGAAGCCUGUCAAAGAGAAGAGCGCUCUUUAUCAGUUGACUGGGAGAGAGGAUAUUACUGAUGACGGGAAGUUCACUGGGUCGGCUUCUGGCAUUCCUAACGACUUUCAAGGCUCAAAAUUCAAAUAUGCACCUCAUGUAGAUCAAACCGGGGUGUAUAAAGCGGUCUUCGAAAGGCUAAGCCAUGGCGGUUGUCUUGGUAUAUUCCCGGAGGGUGGCAGUCAUGAUCGUCCAGAGUUACUUCCACUAAAAGCUGGUGUCGCUAUCAUGGCACUCGGUUCUUUGGCCGAGAACCCAGAUUCAGGUCUGAAGAUUGUGCCAUGUGGAAUGAAUUAUUUCCACGCACAUAAGUUUCGUUCCAGGGCAGUUGUCGAAUUUGGUAGUCCAAUAGAGGUCCCUCCUGAACUUGUUGAGAAAUAUAAACGUGGUGAGAGGCGGGAGGCAGUCGGUGAGCUUCUAGAUACCAUCUACCAUGCCCUCUUGGCAGUGACCGUGAAUGGCCCCGACUAUAAAACUUUGAUGGCUGUUCAAGCUGCUCGUCGUUUAUAUAAUACUAAAGGAAAGAAACUUCCGCUUCCAAUGGUUGUGGAAUUAAAUCGUCGCUUCAUCAAAGGCUAUACUCAUUUUAAGGAUGACCCUCGUAUCAAGAAACUGGAAAAGUCGAUUAUGGAGUAUAACAAACAACUUCGUUUUCUUGGACUCCGUGAUCAUCAAGUCGAAUACGCCAAGUUCUCUAUUGUUCAAGUGGUUUUCACGUUGAUAUACAGACUGUCGAAGCUCACACUGUUGGCAGUCGGUACGCUCCCUGGCCUUCUUCUUUUCGCACCCGUAUUUGUCGCCACAAAAUCGAUAUCCAGGAAAAAAUCUAAAGAGGCAUUGGCUGCCUCCACAGUGAAACUACAGGGCCGUGAUGUCAUGGCCACUUGGAAGCUCCUUGUUGCUUUAGCCUUUGCGCCAGCCGUCUAUGCAUUUUACACGAUUAUUUUCACAUAUUGGACCUACCGGAAUCGUAUACAAGGCUUCGUGCCUGAAUGGGUUCCCUUAUGGGCAAUGGUUUUAUUGGGUAUCGUGCUAUUCCCAGCCAUUACCUUUGCUGCUCUUCGUAUUGGCGAGGUUGGCAUGGAUAUAGUGAAAUCCCUACGACCUCUUAUUUUGUCGUUGAAUCCUUCGUCCGCCAACACCCUCGUGAAGCUCAGAGCGCGGCGAGAAGAAUUGUCUCAUGAAGUGACUGAGGCUAUCAAUACUCUUGGACCGGAGCUUUUCCCUGAUUUUGAUUCUGCUCGCAUCGUUGCCGAUCCAUUUCGGGAUUCUGGUUCUUUGACUCAGGCUGAAGAAGCUAAGGAAGAUGACGAGUCUAGGCUAAGCGCUCGUAAGCGAGAUAGCUAUACAACGCAGGAACCUCUACCACGAAAUGAAUCCUUCUACAAUCUUGCCAGCAUUGGCUUUUUCUCUACACGCCCUCCUAGUCGCAGUCGAAGCCGCAGUGCCUCAGGUCAUGGGCAUGCGGGGUCAACUGGACAGUCACUCACAGCAUUGAGUACGCUAGACAGCCAAGAUGGGAUGGAUGAAAUUAGCAAGCGUAUCCAUAGCGCUAUGAGGGAGCGUGGCAAGGAACGUCGGAGACGCAGCGAAGACAUGAGCUGGGAAAUGGCAAGCACUGGCUCCAUGACACCGCCUGAGGAUGAGACGAAGAAAUAUCAGUAA